AUGACUGGUCGUGGUGGUGGCGGCGGUCGCCGAGUUCUACUUCCUCCCAUUAAUAUGAUCUUCAAGCUUCUUCAAUCCAAUGCUGUGGUCAGCGUUUGGCUGUACGAGCAGCUUUCGAUCCGUAUCGAGGGCAAGAUUCGAGGAUUCGACGAAUUCAUGAACCUUGUCAUUGACGACGCCGUGGAGGUUGCUCAAGUCACGAAAAACAACGACAAGGAGACGAGAAGACCACUAGGUCAAAUCCUGCUCAAGGGAGACAACGUAUCACUGAUUCAGAGCUUGUCACACUAA